AUGAGCCAAAACGAAAUAGAAACAAACGGUAUGACCCUCCUUUUUGAGUUUUGUAAAAACAGCCACAUUCGAUUGGAUGUGAGCAAUCAGUACAACCCCGAAAAAAACGAAAUUUUAACAACAAUCCAUAUAAAUGAGGGUGUUGUUUAUCAACAAACAAAACCUUUCGAAACCUCUUUUUUUUCCUCUAAAACCGCACUUUCUCUUAUUGCCCUCGAGGCAUUGUCUAUAAUCGACAACCAAAACGCACAAAACUAUUCCAAUCUCAUCACUCAAACAAAAACUCAACAAGACGUCACACCCCCCUCUUUACUGAUUGCAACUCUUCCCACCUCCUUGGAAGUCUUUGCUGUCCCGCCACCCCGUGACAGGGAAAGAAGAUAUGAAAAGCGUUUUCCACCACGAGAACAACGAUAUAUGGAUCGGCCACAAGAGAAAAGGUAUAGAGACGACUAUAGAGAUCAAUAUAGAGAUAAUUAUCAGAGAAGAGAUAGACAAUAUCCACAAGCUAAUAAAGAGGAAAUGGACGCAGAUAAGGUACUUGAAAGAUUGUCACAACACUACGGGAAAAGAGUCGAUACCCAAUAUUCGAAGUUUGAAGAAGGCGUGGGGUGUGCGAUUCGAUAUGGCGAUUUGUCGUCGUACGCAUCAGGACUCCAGGAACUUGACGCAAAAGCUAUAGCUUCGAUGGAACUAUUAAAGAAGCUAUUCCCGAAGUCACAGAAUAAUUACGAGGCUUUGAGAGCAGCAAACGAACAACUCACAUUCUUGAACGCUCAGAUCCAAAGACAGACGUAUCAACACCAGGAGUUUCAACCACGUGGAUAUUACAACGCCGGAUACCAACAACAACAAUUCCAACAAAGUUAUCCACAAAACACAACGGGAGGGGGCUAUAGUUAUAACCCUUAUAAGUAA